UCAAGUUCGCCUUCCUUUCACCUCUGCAUGUCUCCGCUCUUUUUCGUUGCGCUGUUGUGAUCGAAAGACUGACUGACCCGGCAGCCCGGUCCACUUGUGUUUGGCAGCGAGCCAAGUUGUUCGCGGCCACCUUGGUGUUGUCGAUAUGAGGAGGACACCGACCACGAGCCAUUCGGUGCCGGUAACCGGCAGGACGCUGCGGAGGAUGCUCUUCUCCUGUGCGAUGUGCGUUUGGAUGUGUUCGGUUGUGGUGCAAUGUAGGAUACAGCAGAGACCCGCCAACAAGGAGCAGCCUUACGCUUCGAUAGUGUACACGGCUGUGGCUGGCGGGAAGGUAGCGCUGCCAUGCGACAUCAGUCCGCCUUCUCCUGACGACUCGGUGACGCUCGUGCUGUGGUACAAAGACGAAAGCCUGGCGCCCAUCUUCACGCUCGACUCCAGGAGGGAUCACGUAGACCAAGCACGCCAGUCGCCGGCGCCGGGACUGGAACGGCGGCUAUUCUUCGACAUGGGCCACUCGCCGGCCCACUUACGGAUUGACCCUGUGCGGGAGGGAGACGCCGGCGAAUACCGAUGCCGAGUGGACUUCCGCAAGGCCCGCUCGGUGAACACCGUGAUCAACCUCAAGGUCAUCGUGCCUCCGGGAGAUCCUGUUAUAAUGGACGAAGAUGGACGCAAGCUGGAGGGCCUCGUUGGCCGCUUCAGCGAAGGACGAAACCUUAGGCUCCUGUGCGAGGUGGAAGGGGGGAAGCCUCGUCCUGUUGUCACCUGGUGGCGCGAUAAGCGGCUGGUGGACUCCAACUUCAGCUUCGUAGGAGACGGCACGGUCGCUCGCAACUGGCUCGAGAUCGGCGAGCUCAAGCGCUCGGACUUCCUCAGCGUGCUUACCUGUCAGGCGGCGAACAACAACGUCACUGUGGCCGUGUCACGCUCGAUAACCUUGGACAUGAACCUGAUUCCACUGGACGUGGCUAUUCAGCCUCCUCGUCACCCGCUGUCGGCAAGUCAUCCCGUGGAGCUGGUGUGCUCGUCAAGUGGCUCGCGUCCUCCUGCGUUGCUUACCUGGUGGAAGGGAGACGAGCAGCUACUCUCGGCUAAGGAACAUCAGGGCGGCAACAACCACGAGGGAACCAGCUCUAGCGUUCUGCUCUUCACUCCCAGAAGAGAAGAUAACGGCGCAGUGCUUUCGUGCAGGGCCGAAAACCAGUUUAUACAAGGCAGCGCCAUCGAGGAAGGAUGGAAGCUGGACGUGUUCUACAAGCCUCUGGCAUCGCUGCGGUUAGGCCAGAAUCUGCGGGAAGACGACAUCCGCGAAGGUCGUGACGUGUACCUCGACUGUGACGUGGACGCCAACCCGCCGGCAAAUGAGGUCACGUGGCUCUUCGAGGGGCAGGAAGUCACUACAAACACCAGCGCCGGUGUCAUCGUCAGCAGUCAGUCGCUGGUGAUGCAAAAGGUGCACCGGUCUCGCCGCGGUCGGUACAAGUGCAUUGCCAUGAAUCGGGAAGGCCACGGUACCAGUAACGUCUUCAUGCUACGCAUAAAAUACGCGCCCGUGUGCAAGCAGGACCAAAAGCACAUCUACGGCGUGUCACGUCACGAGUCGGUCUCUGUGCGUUGCGAGCUGGAGGCUGAUCCGGCCGACGUGACUUUCCACUGGCGCUUCAACAGUUCCUCCAGCGGCAAGCGCCUGGAGCUUGCCAGUUACAGCCACGCACUGACGCGCAGCACUGCCCUCUACUCACCUCUGAACGAGGACGACUUCGGCUUCUUGCUCUGCUGGGGCGCCAACGAAAUCGGCAAGCAGCAGACCCCCUGCAACUUCACCAUCGUCCCAGCUGGCCCUCCAGAGCCAGUCAAUAACUGCAGCCAGGUCAACGGCACCGAAGACUCGGUGUCCUUCGAAUGCUCCGAAGGUUUCUGGGACGGUGGCGUGGCGCCUGUCACGUUCGUGGCUGAACUGCGUGAGGCCGACACCGAUCGACUUGUAGCCAACGCCUCGUCCAUGUCUGGACCGGCAUUCAGCUUCAGCGGCCUCGAAGGCGGCGCCACCUUUCGGGUGUUUCUCUACUCAGCCAACCCCAAGGGACACCGGUCGCCCGUAGACUUCGUCGUCAGCACACUGCGGCCAGCUGAGAAGCUCACUGCCGGAAGCCGUGGUAUGAUCACCGCUUGGCCCAUAAUAGGAGCUCUGCUCGGUCUCAUUGUCACACUGCUUAUCGCAGCAGUAGUGAUUGUCGUCUAUGUCAAGUACAAAUACCUGAAGAGGAAGCGAGACACAUACAGUGAACCUGGCGAUGAAAAAUCCAACACGCUUCUCAAGAAGGAUGCUGAUGAUUUCACGGACGUCGAAGAGAAAGGACCCGACAUCAUACCAGAUACGCCACUCUGCCAAGUUACAUAUAAAUCUUAUGGUUGCGAUCAAGAUGAAAAAGCAGAGUAUACAAAGGAGCCUCUAACAAACUACUACACUCUUCCUGCUUCGACAAGGAAGGCUGGCGCUGCAGAAUUUCCAUGGAGAAGCCACUGUACAAAUAACGAGGAUCGGACGUUGGAAGCCUCAGGUGUCGAACUGCCUUUUCCAACUGCCGCACGCCGACUGGGUCCCGUGGGUUCCACCUCGAGCUUGCCUCGGCCACAGCGCUUCUACCUGGACCAGGUGUCACCGGACGGCAACGCGACCGCUCACGUAGACUUUCCGCGCAGCGGCGUGCUGAGACCACUGGCAUCAGCGCACAGGCUACCACGUCGCUCCCGCAGCAACUUGGAGGACUUCGGUUCAGUGCUUUCCAACGACUCGCUCGAGAGCACAGUCUGAAGGGGGGCAAUGAUGUUCCACAGCGUUCUUAGCCCGGAUCUCUAAGGGCAUGAAUUGAACAGAGAAAUGAAGAUUCUCCAAAGAAUGUGCCUGUGCCAAGUGUGCUGAUACCAGGAUGAUACAAUGGCAUGUUUUGUUCCACCACUGUGACAGUGAACACGAACAAAUGUUGCCCGUUAUUCGCCUACCGAACACAUCGGACAGUGUCGCGACAUGUGAUUGUUAAGCAUUGUCAUGCAUUGUGUGGAUUAGAGUGCGCCACCCCAACGUGCUUCCCUACGAUUCCUUCUUCAAUGAGUGCAGCUGUGCACGCGAUGAUCAAACAGUGCCCAUUUCUUUGCCGUCAAGUUUGUGUCUCCCGUGAAAACAACGUCGUGUGUGCUCACAUCGUCGUGAUCGCUGUUAUUUUUAUUCCCUGAUAAAAAAAAAAAACCAGAAGCGCUCUGAUGGGUUGGAGCUCUUCGCACAAGGACAAGUCCGCGAGUGGAAUAUUCAGCAUUUGAAUUGAACGUAGAGUGCAUUCGUGUCACUAUUCUCCUACCUAGAGCUCCGAGGAAAAGCUGUUCGCCUUGGGUACGUGACCGAGUGGGAGUAUCGACAAGAAAGAGUCGACCUGAUUUUGCCACGAGAGCUGCAGCGCUCAAGAGUUCGAGCCUGACCCGGACCUUCGCUGUUGUUCGAGUACUCCCAGCAAGUGCCGCAUUGUGAUACACCUAGCGCAAUGUCUCUCGAGUGCUUUACCUCUUGCGGAAAAGUUACAAUGGUGAAUAAAGUGAUUUUAUAACUUU